CAUUAUUGAAGCUCAGCAAGCUCUCCUGUAACUAAUCAGGUAAAUUCAUGCAAUUACUGGUGGUGGUGUUACUAUAUCUGUAUGGUCUUUCAAGGCCUGUCUGUGUCUGCCUAUCGUGACUAUUUCUGUACGGUCUAUCGAGACCUGUCCGUGUCCGGCUAUCAUGGCUAUUUUUCUGUACGGUCUAUCAAGGCCUGUCCCAUGUCUGCAUAUUGUGGCUAUCUGUGUCUGGCCUAUCGUGGCUAUUUCUGUACGGUCUAUCGAGACCUGUCCGUGUCCGGCUAUCAUGGCUAUUUUUCUGUAUGGUCUAUCAAGGCCUGUCCCAUGUUUGCCUAUUGUGGCUGUCUGUGUCUGCCUAUCGUGGCUAUUUCUGUACGGUCUAUCGAGACCUGUCCGUGUCCGGCUAUCAUGGCUAUUUUCUGUAUGGUCUAUCAAGGCCUGUCCCAUGUCUGCCUAUUGUGGCUAUCUGUGUCUGGCUAUCCUGGCUAUUUCUGUACGGUCUAUCGAGGCCUAUCUGUGUCUGGCUAUAAUGGCUAUUUCUGUACGGCCUAUCGAGGCCUGUCCGUGUCUGCCUAUCGUGGCUGUCUGUGUCUGGCCUAUCGUGGCUAUUUCUGUACGGCCUAUCAAGGCCUGUCCGUGUCCGGCCAUCAUGGCUAUUUUUCUGUACGGUCUAUUGAGGCCUGUCCUGUGUCUGCCUAUUGUGGCUAUUUCUGUACGGCUAUUGAGGCCUGUCUGCGUCUGCCAUUGUGGCUGUCUGCGUCUGGCCUAUCGUGGCUAUUUAUGUACGGCCUAUCGAGGUCUGUCUGCGUCUGCCUAUCGUGGCUAAUCAUGGUCUAUCGAGGCCUGUCUUGCGUCUGCCUAUCGUGGCUGUCUGCGUCUGGCCUAUUGUGGCUAUUUAUGUACGGUCUAUCGAGGCUGUCUGUGUUGGCUAUCAUGGCUAUUUCUGUACGGUCUAUCGAGGCCUGUCCGUGUCCGCCUAUCGUGGCUGUCUGCGUCUGGCCUAUUGUGGUUAUUUCCGUUGGUCUAUCGAGGCCUGUCCGUGUCUGGCUAUCAUGGCUAUUUUUCUGUAUGGUCUAUCAAGGCCUAUCUGUGUCUGGCCAUCAUGGCUAUUUCUGUACGGUCUAUCAAGGCCUGUCUGCGUCUGCCUACUGUGGCUGUCUGUGUCUGGCCUAUCGUGGCUAUUUAUGUAUGGUCUAUCGAGGCCUGUCUGUGUCUGGCUAUCAUGGCUAUUUUUCUGUACGGUCUAUCGAGGCUGUCUGUGUUCUGCCUAUCAUGGCUAUUCUGUAUGGUCUAUCGAGGCCUGUCUGCGUCUGCCUAUCGUGGCUGUCUGCGUCUGGCCUAUCGUGGCUAUUUCUGUUGGUCUAUUGAGGCCUGUCUGUGUCUGCCUAUCGUGGCUGUCUGCGUGAGGCCUAUCGUGGCUAUUUAUGUUGGUCUAUCGGGGCCUGUCUGUGUCUGCCUAUCGUGGCUGUCUGCGUCUGGCCUAUCGUGGCUAUUUAUGUACGGUCUAUUGGGGCCUGUCUGUGUCUGCCUAUCGUGGCUGUCUGCGUCUGGCCUAUUGGGCUAUUUAUGUUCGGCCAAUUGGGGCCUGUCCGCGUUUGCCUAUCGUGGCUGUCUGCGUCUGGCCUAUCGUGGCUAUUUAUGUUCGGCCUAUCGAGGCCUGUCUGUGUCUGCCUAUCGUGGCUAUUUCUGUUGGUCUAUCGAGGCCUGUCUGUGUCUGCCUAUCGUGGCUAUUUCUGUUGGUCUAUCGAGGCCUGUCUGUGUCUGCCUAUCGUGGCUAUUUCUGUUGGUCUAUCGAGGCCUGUCUGUGUCUGCCUAUCGUGGCUAUUUCUGUUGGUCUAUCGAGGCCUGUCUGUGUCUGCCUAUCAUGGCUGUUUCUGUUGGUCUAUUGAGGCCUGUCUUUGUCUGCCUAUCGUGGCUGUCUGUGUCCUGCCUAUCGUUGCUGUCUGUGUCUGGCCUAUUUCUGUAAAACUUAAGAAGUUUAAUCUAACGUCAUUAUACUGGUCAUGCUAACUCUCUUUCUAUUUCUUCCAGGAACCUUAGGAUUCACAACUGGUGGGUAUACUUCAUCUACUUUUUUUGGGGGGGAAGGCUGGCCCCGUCUGGAGGUCUCAUAAUCCACCUAAUUUUGGGGGUCUGCUGCGCCCCUGCCUUCGUCUUCAGGCAGGAAAUGCAGAUUCGCUACCCUCGGAUUACGAACCAUGGACGGGGCCUUCCGCCAAAGAAAUUUAUAAUUGUGCUCGCUGAGCUGUCAAUAAAUGUAUGCUUCGUACAUUCCUCUAUCUCCCGAGUCUUUCUGGUAGAAAUGGAAGCUUUAGCCUAAGUUCUGCCAGGAAGACUCAAUCACUUUGUCACUAAUUACCUUCAUCAUUAUCCAAUCACGUCUUUAUACUCCUGUAUAAAAGAUCGUACUUACACAUGUUUGAGUUCGCAGAUGCCAACGCGACAACAACCUCCACCCUCCCCACCACCACCAGGAUGGUCCUGUCCUUACCUUCCAGGGGGGGUCUGCUGCGCCCCUGCCUUCGUCUUCAGGCAGGAAAUGCAGAUUCGCUACCCUCGGAUUACGAACCAUGGACGGGGCCUUCCGCCAAAGAAAUUUAUAAUUGUGCUCGCUGAGCUGUCAAUAAAUGUAUGCUUCGUACA